AUGGCGGCGGUACGCGUCGAGGCAUCCGAGCUCCCGCCGCUGUUGCUCGUCCAGACACGACGACUUGAGGGCGGACCGCGCGCUGUGGAGGUUGAUGAAGUCCGCCGGUUCUCCGUGGUGCAGCUGCUGGUAGUACUGGCCCGAGUGCAGAGAGACUGGUGGUGCAGGGGCGUGUACUGGUGGUUCGCGGAGAAGUACGGCGACGCGAACUCAGUCCCAGCCGGUGCCGGGUACGUGAGAGGGGAGGAGGACGAGUAA